AUGCUGUCCAUCCCGUACGAUAUAGAUCCGGGGGGCGACAUCGAGCUGGUAUUAAACAAGCCCAACAACCAGAAGAUAGUGCCGGCUCUAUAUUUCACCCAAGAUGUCACUGAUCCCGAUAAUACGGAAUUUGACGACCUAGAGCUCAACAACCCACCAUGUGCUGGUAGAUACAGCGCCUUUAAAGAGCUUUAUCCGGCCGGCAAAACAAUUGUUCCCCCCGUCGACAGCGAAGUUCGCAUGAGUGUCUCGUCGCGCCAUCUCAUUCUUGCCUCUCGCGCUUUUAAAGCCAUGCUCGAAGGGCCUUGGAGUGAGGCGACUUCAUCUUCCCAGUCUGUCCGACAGAUAAACGCAUCGGACUGGGAUGCCAUGGCCUUUGCUAUCGUUUUGGAUAUCAUUCACGGGCGUCAUCGGGGAAUACCAGAAGACAUGACACUCGGACUUGUGGCCCGCAUUGCAACUAUUGUCGACUAUUAUGGCUUCCAUGAAGCUUUGUAUGUCUAUCGCAAGCGCUGGCUCAGUGAGAACGCAAAGGUAAAGGCCUCAACAGACAAACUAUGCGAUGCGUCUCUGCUGUGUCUGUAUGCUGCGUGGGUGUUUUCAGAUAAAGACAUUAUUUCGAGCAUGGCCCGUCUUACGUUGCUAUAUAGCGAAGGCCUGGCGCAGACAAACACGUUUGACCUUCCUAUUGGAGGUAUUUUAGACAAUAUCGAGGGCCAACGACAACAUCUUAUCACAGAAUCUCUUCACCUUUUAGAUGAUCUGCAAGAUCAGCUGCUCAAAGAGACAAGCUGUCCCAUGGAGCAGGAGGCCCAGUGUACAACAUUGACGCUCGGAGUGUUAAUGCGUAUACGACACGGAAUCACGAGUCUCAGCAUACCUCUCGAACAUCCUUACGACGGAUACAGCCUCAAUUCUGUUCUACAUACGAUCACAGAUAUUGAGAAACCGAUGGCACUGCACUCGAAGAGCAUCAAAUUUCGUACUUCCAAAUGGACAAAAGCCUCGCGACCAUGUUCCAUCGGGGGAAGAUUAGCGGAAAGGAUUGAAAGCAUUCAGUCGGAAAUUUGGUCCUUUUGUAUGAGUAGCACCCUGGAGAAAACCCCCACGGAGGAGAAGUAA